UAACGCUAUACACAAUCAAGAAUCAUGCUACGACGCGUCUAGUCUGUAUAGGCAGAUAACUCUGAGAUCGCUGACUUCGACGCUGAUGCGUUCACGCCUUACCCCGCCAAGUGUGUGUGUGUGUCGCUGUCGAUAUGGAUGAUCUCUCAGGCCUCAAUUGGAGCUCCGGCUCUAAUGGCCAACCCAGCAAUAUCAAGGCGAACUUUCCGACCAUGAACCGGCCCAUGAAUAUGGCACUCAGCCCUGCGAACUCCGGCCGCUCGACCCCACUAUCGUCGCAGAACAGCGGCGCAUUCUCAUCUCUUCCUGCCCAGAAGCCAAAGAUUGGAUCGAAACCGUCUACACCUGCCAACGAUAGCUUCGCGAGCUUGGUGACCUCAGCUUCUUCUCCAAAACCACCAGCAGCCCUAUCGUUACAAGAGCGACAGCGGCAACUGUUAGAAGAGAAGGCAAGACAAGCAGGUUUGAACCAUACAAACCAAGACGCGCACUUCUGGGAUAAUCUGGGCCAGACAGACAAAGGCAAGGCUCCUUCGUCUUUUCCUGUACCGUCAAUAAACAGAGUGCACUCACCCCUACAACAAACGGUUUCAACUCCCCAAAGCGAGUCGGAGCAGGAUAUUCUUGCUGCUUUCAGUUCUGACGCGAAAGUGGACUCAUCGAGCCACUUCCCCCCUCCUGCGCAAGACCACACGCCUUUCGAGAAUGACGACGACGACGAUCCUUUUGGUCUUGGUUCCCUGCCACAAAACAAAGUCCAGCCUGUCGCCGCGAACCCGACGCAUCCCGAGCAGGACGAUGAUAUAUUGGGAAUGCUGGGAAAGCCAGUAUCUGAACUUCCUAGAAAUGCAAACGAAAAAACUAAACCUGCCCAUGUAACUCGUGAGCUAUCUCCUAAUGAAAACGUAUCAUCACCACGGGACAAAGCAGUUGCCGAAAUAGUCGACAUGGGCUUUCCAGCUGAUAGAGCUGCCCGUGCGCUUGCGCAGACUCAGUCCGGAACAAAUGUACAACAAGCCGUGAGCAUUUUGUUGAAUCAGGCCCAUCAAGAAGCGACAGAAAGAUCUCAAGGCAGCGGUCGGUCGCGUCCAGACAGUAGAGAUCGUUCUGAUCGGAGAGCCUCCCCUGCUUGGGCUCAAGAAAACACCAGUCGUCCAUCAUCAAGGCCGGCGAGGGGUGACAACAGGACUUCGACUGCGGAGAAGGAUGUAGCUCAGUACGCGCAAGAUAUUGGGAGUUCGUUGUUCAAGUCGGCAAAUUCAUUGUGGAAGACAAGCCAAAAGAAGGUGCAAAGAGCUGUGGCAGACUUUAAUCAAGAUGGAGACCCAAGCCAGCCAAAAUGGAUGCGGGAUGCAAUGAAAGCUCAAGCGCAAGCAGCACAGCAUGAGGAAGAGCGGAGUACUUCACGGCAACGUAAUGGCGGAGGGUCAGAUAGAAACGAUAUUUUGCAGACGGAUACUAGAGUCACCAACGAAGCCAUGGCCCUAGAGGCCAGCCACGGUCCUCCAAGGCGGAACAAAGCUCCAGAGAGAGGCCCUAGUCCCAUGGAUGCAAGCCUCAGAGGACGGCUAUCCGAGCUGCCUUCUCGAGAAGCACCAGCAUGGGCGUCUGAUAAUGUGAGAAGACCGGAACCCGAGAAAAGACCUAUAGCAAAAUUGAGUCGCCAGGACGUGGAAGAUCAGUCCGCGCAAGCAUACGUAAGCCCAGCGCGGCGAAAGAAGGCAGGUCCUCCGCCUGCUGAACCCCAAAAGGUCUCGAGUAGCGAAAGCAGGGCUGCGGUGUCGACCCCUCUGAACUCGAAUAACCCUUUCGCUCAAAGACCCAAUUCCCAAAAUCCUACCUCGGCGCCGCGUAACUCAGCGCCAAUCGAAGUACGUCCCAAAGUACCUACACGUAAUAUCCCGAAUGUUUCUCCUACAGCUUUGUCCACAUCAGCUGCGCACCGGCAGAAAGGUACCGAGCAAUUCAAACGCGGAGAUUACUCCGCUGCACACUCUUCAUACUCCUCGGCUCUAACUCAAAUCCCAUCGACACAUCCUAUCAUCAUAGUCAUUCUAUCGAACCGGGCACUUACAUCACUCAAGAAUGGCGAUCCAAAAUCUGCUGUAGCGGACGCCGAUGGUGUCCUCAUGAUCAUUGGUCCGUCCAAGGGUCACGGUGAGAAAAUCUCCAUGGGCGGCACAGAACCGGACAAAGACAUGAGGGAUUUCUUUGGUAAGGCCCUUAUGCGGAAAGCAGAGGCAUUAGAGAACAUGGAGAAGUGGCACGACGCAUUGAAGGUCUGGCGGGAGGCUGUAGAAGCUGGUGUUGGAGGUUCCGUGUCAAUGCAGGGGAGAAAUCGUUGCGAGAAGGCUAUUGCGCCCAAGCCUGCCACGAAAUCAGCAGCACCGAAGACAAAACCAAGACCAGCACCAUUUACUUCGGCGAUGGCAGACUUUGGUGGCGCUUUAUCGGAUGGCUCGGAGGCAGCGUCUGUCAAAAGACUCCGAGAAGCGAAUGCUGCUGCGGAUAAAGCUGAUGACGAGAAGUUCAGGCUGUCUGAUCAGGUAGAUGCCAGGUUGAUGGCAUGGAAGGGAACGAAAGCCGAUAACCUGCGUGCGCUACUUGGCAGCUUGGAUAACGUUUUAUGGCCCGAGGCAGGCUGGAAAAAGGUUGGAAUGAACGAGUUGGUUAUGCCUAAUAAGGUGAAGAUUGUCUACAUGAAAGCUAUCGCAAAGGUCCACCCAGACAAGGUAUCCCAAACAGCAACAACCGAGCAGAAGAUGAUUAGCGCGUCUGUCUUCAGCACAUUGAAUGAGGCAUGGGAUAAGUUCAAGACAGACAAUAAUCUUUAGAUUGGUGCAUGAGUUCAUUCAAUUAGCGAUAUGAUGAGCAUUUAGGUAGAUACGCUGCAUGGCAAAAGUAAGAUAGUGCGAAUAAUCCGAACCCAUGCAGAUAUGCAUCAUAGACGGACUAUGACUGUCUUUUCCCAUCUAUCCGUAAAACCUCUUGCUGAACGAGAGGUAGUGGAACCUCGUGCAGCUCGCCACGUUGU